AUGAGGCAAAUCAUUCGUUUAGUUCCUUUCAGAAUACUCCCGUGCCAGUCCUCCACGAUGGCGCGCCUGGCUUUUCUCGUUGCAUCCCUGUCAGUGAUGCUGGUGGUGGCUUCCGCGGCUCCAAGCGUCAUGACUGGACCCAGCAACCCGGCAGUCAACCUCGACCAAGCCAAGGGCGCUAAUGGCGUCGUGACGAAUGUUCCUGCAAGCAUCGAAAAGGCGGCGGCAGCGGGCAACCUCGACCAACUCCAGGGCACGACGGUCGUCAGCACGUCCACUGACAGUAUCCUGAUGGUGGACGUGAAGCAGGCCGGAUGGAACAAGAUGAAGUGCAAGUGGGGCGCGGGCUUUGACGACGCCGGCAAAGGCGCGUGCACGGUUCAGAACUGCAGCUUGGGCGGCAUCCCCGCCAAGUGGAAGACGUCGAACCUGCUCAAGAACAAGCUCGGAGUGGAGGUGUACGUGAAGGGGAAUCCUUGCACGGUUAAGAAGGCGUCCCCGCAGGCGUGCUGCAACUCGUGCGCGGGAUUCAAUGGCUGCACGUACUGGCAGUUCAUCCCCGAUAUCACGAUUGACGGAAAGAAGUCGGACGGCGCGUGCUACAUGGUGCACGACAGCAUCGACUUCACCUGCGGCGAGCUCACCGCACAGUACGCGACGGACUCGAAGCCCAUCGCGCUGCAGUCGAGCUCCGUGCUGUCCGUUGACUGCGCGUUCACGGAGUACCACCGCGCCAAGCAGCUGAGCCCCGUGCAACACAUCGACCUGGAGCCCUUUCCGUAG